AAUUAGACAGGUAUCACACAGGUUAAGCCUCUUGCUGCGGGAAGACUGCUCUUUCUUUUGUGUCAUCAUGAACGUGGCAUCUUUAUUGCUCUGUAUAUUGCUGAAAGCCCUGGCUGUCAACUGUCAGGGCUUUGCACAGGAACGCAUAGUGGGAGGCUAUGCGCCGGUUCCUCAUUCCAUCAGGUACAUUGUAUCAUUACAGACGACGAACCGCCAGCACUUCUGCGGGGGCUUCCUGAUUAACAGAUUCUGGGUAGUCACAGCAGCACACUGUAACCUUGGGGUAAGCAAAAUGGUGGUAGUAGCAGGAGACUACUCUUUGUCCAUUUAUGAAGGCACAGAGCAGGAAGUGUUUCCAGACUUUUUGGUGACCCACCCUGAGUACAACAGGACGACAAACAACAGUGACAUCAUGCUCAUUAAGCUAAGGGCACCCAUCAACCUGAACAACUACGUGUCCAUUGUUCUGCUGCCCAGGCAGGAUGCCUCCAUAGCGGAGGGCGAAAUGUGUCGAGUGUCGGGUUGGGGAUACACCAGCCCCACUGGGGGCCAGCUUCCAGCCACCCUUCGGACUGUCACACUUCCUAUUGUGUCUACAGAGAAAUGUAACAGCACUGAGUCGUUUAAUGGCCGCAUCACUGACAGAAUGCUUUGUGCCGGCUACAACAUUGGUGGUAAAGACGCCUGUCAGGGAGACUCAGGUGGCCCACUUGUCUGUAACGGGCGGGCCUAUGGAGUGGUGUCGUGGGGAAAAGGAUGUGCUGACGCUGAAUUUCCUGGAGUCUACACUGCCGUGUCCAAGUUCCGCCGCUGGAUAGACAACACCAUAUUUAGCUACUACAGCAGAUGUAAGAAGAAUUAGAGCUCAGUGUUAACUCAUUGGAGACAUAAAUUCACUGUUGCCUUCUUUGAUCUAAUUUUACAUGCACUAUAUCAGGUGAACACUGGGGGAUAUGUUCAGGGAUGGUUUCAUAUUCUAGGAAACGGUCAUGCUGGCCUUCGGGCUGAGAGCUAGUUUUCUUACACUAGACAGUCAUAAUAUUACGAAAAAUGCAAGGUAAAAAAAAAAAAUCAUUUUAAUAAUGUUGGAACAAGAACAUUGAGAUUCAUUGAAACUUGCCAGCCCCCAAUGCGAAAGAAACUGGUUACACAAAACUUCUUGAGCUUCCUAAAAGCUACAACUUAAGGUACCCAAAACACAUGAAAUGCUAAUCCUAAGUAAGUGCACUACUACACUAUACUAGUAGCAGUACUAGUAGUUCAAGUAUCUCAGUAUUAGAACCAUGGUUUUAGAAAUUCAACCUCAUAAUCUACAGAAUUUCUACUUGUUUAUCUUAAAUCAACACUAAGUUGGACCUGACUGAUUGUUAUGGCUGAUUAAUGUUAAAUAUAAACUCACCAGCCACUUUAUUCAGUACACUUGCUCAAUUGCCUAGGGAAUUAUCCAAUCAGAUGAAAGCAUCUCAAUGCAACAAGGUGCCUGGACGUGCUGAAGACGACUUGCUGAAUUUUAAAGUGAGCAUCAGCAUAAGGAAGAAAGAGCAUAAAUGAGUAAUUUAGAACCUGGUCAUCUCCUUGGAUUUUUGCACAAAAAAACAUGUCACCAUUUACACAGAAUAGUCAGAGAAUAUCUGAUAUCUGGAUUGUAAAUGCCAUGUUGAUGUCAAAGGAGAAUGAUAGAUUGGUUCGAGAUAAUAGAAUGGCAAUUUUUGAUUUAAUUACGCUUUGUUAGCACCAAAGGAUUCAGAACUCUAUUUCUGAAUACACAACACAUGAAACUUGGAAGAGAUCGGAUUCAGGAAACCAAGACUUCAGUGUCUCCUUUGUUAGCAAGGAACAGGAAACUGUUGCUGUAAUUUGCAUAGGAAAAUGUCAGAUUGGAAAAUGUUGCCUAGUCUGUUGACACUGAAGUUUAGUAGCAACUUUUGAGACGGUCGGGUCAGAGUUCUGUUGCAUCCAUACCAAGAAGAGUAAAAGUGGUUAUGAUGGCAAAAGAGAAAGUUGUACCGUGUAAAGCAACAGCCAGUAAAUCUAAAGAUCUACCAAGUUCACAAGGCAAGGUUUGGGAAACCUCCUAGGACAUUUGGUUAAUUUUCAAUUCCCACCCUAAUUUAGCAUUCAAGGAACAAUCCUUAUUGUUUCAUAACCCAGAACAAAAACAUUAACCCCUAGAGGAUGUUUCCUGAGGUUUUCUGUAGGUUUUGCUUUGUGUAACCUUAGAAGAACCUUUAGAGAGCUUAGCUUUUAAUAGGGGAGUGUUUCCUGGUUACCCAGUAGUGUAAAAGGUAUUGUCAGCAAAAUACUUGACAAUACGCUCAAACAUGAAGCAUAAAUCUCAGAAGUUACUGUCUAAGCUUAGAUAAACUAAACUAAACUAAGAUAAACUAAUCUAAUCUAAUCUAAACCGAGCUAAACUAAGCUAACUAAACAGACAAGUAACAAUUUUCAAGUUUUCCACAUGUUGGACCAGUUUCUUUGACUUUAUAUCCAGUCAAGUUCUCUGUUAAUAAGAACAGCGUAAACAUCUUCAACCUCUAAACAUGUGAUAGCCACAAUUUCACAUCAGGUAAAAGGUGCCAUACUAUCAUUCACCAGCUUUAUGUGGACUGUUUGAAAGGCUAAAGACAAAGGUACAUUUACACGCGUCAAAUAAAUGCACUUAUAAAUAAGAGAAUGAAAUUAUGAACAUCCAUCUCUCU